AUGGCUGUAAGAUCUAGACCAAAAAUUCGUGCUUUGCUUAUAGACAUUUCUGGCACUCUGAUGAUCGGCUCAACGCCCACACAACGAGCAGUUGAAGCACUUGCCGAGCUGCGGCGCUGUAGAUUCCCGUUCAGGUUCUGCAGCAACACCAGCAAAGAAUCCACCUCAGCCCUUCAGAAGAGAAUGAUAGAUGCUGGUUUUGACGUGCAAACAGGAGAGUCGCAAGAACUAUGGACCAGCCUUAAGGCGGUACAGGAUCUUAUCCGGUCCAGGAAUCUCAAAAGGCCGUAUUUCCUCUUGUCAGAGUCCGCUAAAGAUGAAUGCAUUUCCGCAGGAAUGUACGAUCCUAACGUCCCCUAUGACGCGGUAAUUGUUGGCUUGGCGCCUACGCUGUUCGACUAUGAUCAUCUCAACUCUGCAUUUCGGAUACUUGUUGGGGAAGAUGAUUCGCAGAAGUGGUGCAAUGAGGAUCUGAAAGCAUCGAUCCCCCUCAUUGCUUUACACAAAGCUAGAUACAUAGAAUCCUCGGGCCAUGGGCUUGCGCUUGGUCCAGGACCAUUUGUCGCCGCUCUUGAAAAUGCUACCGAAAGGGAAGCAGAGGUGCUUGGAAAGCCGAGUAAAGCUUUCUUCCAGACGGUGAUUGAGAGCUUCGAUUGCGAGAGUCACGGUUCUGAAGGAUGCAUCGCCGUGAUUGGCGAUGAUAUCCAAGCAGACCUUGGUGGCGGCGCCAUAGACCUGUGUCUAUGGAGGAUCUUAGUGAAGACGGGAAAGUACCGAUCAGGGGAUGAAUCCAAGGUUGGUGUCCAUCCUCCCGAUGAAGUCUGUGAUUCGUUCGCAGACUUUGUGGAUAGCUUAUUGUCUGCACAUGUUGAACGGUCUUCGAAAGAGUAA